AAUUUACUGGUCAAGUUUCGUAUCAGUGCUCAAACUCUUGAACCACGACGAAGAGCUAAUUUUACUUUCAAACAAAAAUUUAGAAGAAGAAGAAGAUAAAGAAUUUCAGAUUUUACAGGUUUUUUAAGAUUUGGAGAGAUCCGAGUUCUCUCCUGAUAAUUGUUAAUGGCGUAUCAAAUAGCAAAGCUUGUGUUUCUAUUAUGCGCUUUAUCUCACGUUCUUGCUGCAAUUGCUGCAAAAAGCUAUUAUGAUAUAUUGCAAGUACCGAAAAGCGCAUCAGAUGAACAGAUCAAGAGAGCGUAUAGAAAGCUGGCAUUGAAGUACCAUCCUGAUAAGAAUCCUGGAAAUGAGGAGGCUACUAAGCGAUUUUCGGAGAUUAGUAAUGCAUACGAAGUGUUGUCGGACGGCGAGAAGAGAAAUAUAUAUGAUAGGCAUGGAGAAGAAGGGAUUAAACAGCAUAUGGCUGGUGGAGGUAGAGGUGGAGGCAUGGGAAUGAAUAUGCAAGACCUUUUCAGUUUCUUUGGUGGAGGAGGUUCUAUGGAGGAGGAAGAAACAAUUGUAAAAGGUGAUGAUGUAAUUGUCGAUUUGGAUGCUACAUUGGAAGACUUGUACAUGGGUGGCUCACUAAAGGUUUGGAGGGAGAAAAAUGUUAUAAAGCCAGCCCCUGGCAAAAGACGCUGUAAUUGCAGAAAUGAAGUUUAUCAUAAGCAAAUUGGUCCAGGGAUGUUUCAACAGAUGACAGAACAGGUCUGUGAGCAAUGCCAAAAUAUCAAAUUUGAACGCGAGGGCUAUUUUGUCACUGUUGAUAUUGAGAAAGGAAUGCAGGAUGGACAAGAGGUGGUUUUCUAUGAAGAUGGCGAGCCAGUAGUAGACGGUGAGCCUGGAGAUCUGAAGUUCCGUAUUCGUACAGCACCCCAUGAUCUAUUCAGAAGGGAAGGCAAUGACUUGCACACAACUGUGACAAUAACACUGGUUCAAGCGCUUGUUGGUUUUGAGAAAACCGUGAAACACUUAGAUGAACAUUUAGUGGACAUUAGCACAAAGGGAAUCACUAAGCCUAAGGAGGUGAGAAAAUUCAAAGGAGAAGGAAUGCCACUGCAUUUUAGCACGAAGAAAGGUGAUCUUUACAUCCAAUUUGAGGUUCUUUUCCCCACUUCACUAACUGAAAAUCAAAAGCAGAAGAUCAAGGAAACUCUUGGCUAGAUUAUAGAAUCAAAUUUUUUGAUCUCGGGUUCUAAAUUGUUCCCAAUUGUAACAUUAGAUUAUAUAGAAAUUUAAGACGAUUAUGGGGCUUUUGCUUCUUUUUUUUGUUAAGUAGCAGCAUACAAAUUAAUGGAAUGCAUUUUUGCCUUUCUCGUC